GCCUGCGGGAACGGCAACGUCUGAGUUGACAGACGGCUCUGGGAGCGUCUGAAAAGGGAUGGAUUUUCUGGAUGAGGAAGCAAAGGCUAGGGCUUCUGGAACCUUCAGCGCCUGCUGAGGCGGAUGACGGAAGCUGAAUAAAGGAGAAUGGAAAGUUGACAUACUCCAUCAGCAUCCCAGGAAUAAACUCCAGAGAGCGUUGCUUCUCCAUUUGAUGUACUGACCUUUCGGCCAAUGACAAACAGAAGUAGGAGGGGCUUAAGGAUAUGGUCCAAUGGAAGCCAAGGACUGAAAAAAAGCGGCGUUUCGUGGACCCCCUGGCCAAUGGGCUCAAGCGCACCAGCCAAACGACGACUGGCCGUGGCUUGUGGGCGGGAUCUUUUCAAAGCGGAUUUCGCGCUCUGAGAGCGGCGGCUUCCUAUUGGUUGGUACUUUCUCUCUUUGUGGGCGCUCCCUGCCGAACCUAGGCCAGGGACUGGGCGGAGCUUUCUAGUGACGUAAGGCUCUCUGUAGCCAAUCGUAGAGAGGGACGCGAGACCGAGGAGGAAGCGGAAUCCACCGCCUAGCUCCCGCUUCGUCUCCCUCCGCCGCGGUCCGGGCCUAAACGGGAGCGGCGGGGCGGGCGGCAGUAGGUGUCCCGGGACGGCGGCGGAGGCGGAGGGAGACGCAGGGGACCCGGCAGUUACCGGGACUGGGCCACAGCAGCAGAAGAGCCCGCGGGCGGGGCAGCCGAGUUCCCGGAGGCCCCGCCUGAGCGCGCGCGGAGGAGCCGGAAAGCAGGAUGGCGGCGUCGGCCUUGUACGCCUGCACCAAGUGCACGCAGCGCUACCCCUUCGAGGAGCUCUCGCAGGGCCAACAGCUCUGCAAGGAAUGUCGGAUUGCACAUCCUAUUGUAAAAUGUACUUACUGCAGAUCAGAAUUUCAGCAGGAGAGUAAAACUAACACAAUUUGUAAGAAGUGUGCUCAAAAUGUCAAGCAAUUUGGAACACCUAAGCCUUGUCAGUACUGUAACAUAAUUGCAGCAUUUAUUGGUACCAAGUGUCAGCGUUGUACAAAUUCAGAAAAGAAAUAUGGAGCACCUCAGACCUGUGAGCAGUGCAAACAGCAGUGUGCUUUUGAUCGCAAGGAGGAAGGAAGAAGGAAAGUUGAUGGGAAGUUGCUGUGCUGGCUCUGCACCUUGUCAUACAAGAGAGUUUUACAGAAGACAAAAGAACAGAGGAAGAGUUUGGGGUCUUCACAUUCUAACUCCUCAUCUUCAUCUCUUACUGAGAAAGACCAGCACCAUUCUAAACACCACCACCACCACCACCAUCACCAUCACCGCCACAGCAGUGGCCACCACAAAGUCAGCAGUCUAAGUCCUGAGCAGGAGCAGGGACUGUGGAAACAGAGCCAUAAAUCCUCUGCAGCAAUUCAGAAUGAAACUCCAAAGAAAAAGCCCAAGUUGGAAUCUAAGCCAUCUAAUGGAGAUAGUAGCUCUAUAAAUCAGUCAGCAGAUAGUGGGGGAACAGACAAUUUUGUCCUUAUCAGUCAACUGAAAGAAGAAGUGAUGUCACUUAAACGUCUCUUACAGCAAAGAGACCAGACUAUUUUGGAAAAAGAUAAAAAGUUAACUGAACUGAAGGCAGACUUUCAAUACCAAGAGUCAAAUUUGAGGACUAAGAUGAACAGUAUGGAAAAAGCGCACAAAGAAACUGUGGAACAACUCCAGAUCUUGAUCCCAUUAAAAGCUUUUGUUGGAAAUCACUUGAAAGCUGAUUCAGUGCUGACCAUGAAAACAUGCACACACUAAGUGGGGCUUGCAGAAAAUACUGAAGACUCUUCAUUUGACUACCGUCCUUUAUGACGCUAAGGUGACUCUAUACGCUUUAAUCGUUCUUCCCAUCUCUUUCUGGGUACCCAGACGGGAGGGAGAGAAGGCCAACCUUGUUAGGGGGUUGGGAGGCAGAAACACACGGAUCUCUGUGAAUUCGAGGCCAGCCUGGUCUACAGAGUGAGUUCCAGGACAGCCAGGGCUACACAGAGAAGCCUUAUGUCAAAACCUCCCCUGCACAACUGCCCCCAAAAGCCAGGUCUCCAGACCAUGGUUGAAGGGCUUUCAUGCUGUGUAUGUGUUCUCCAGACCAAGACAGUACUUGAUUGUAUUGAAAGUGUAUCAGGUAUUGAGUAUAUUUAAUAAAUACUAGUGUAUUUAAUGUAGAUAAAUAGGUCUUAAAUAUACGGAACAACUGAACAGUGGGAGCUGAGAGUCACUAACAAAGAGGGUAGAUAGUGAACAUCAACAUAGAAAGGGGCUACUCCCUCAUUACAACUUGGUUUGGUUUGGUUUGGUUUGGUUUUGGUUUUCUGAGACAGGGUUUCUCUGUGUAGCCCUGGCUGUCGUGGAACUCACUUUGUAGACCAGGCUGGACUCGAACUCAGAAAUCUGCCUGCCUCUGCCUCCCGAGUGCUGGGAUUAAAGGCGUGCACCACCACGCCCGGCCCUACAACUUGUUUUUAACUAUUCUAUAAAUUGAGGCAUAAAACCAUAACACAUUGAUUCGUGUUCUGUAGUUUGUACAUUGUGACAUUUAUAGAGUUAAUCUCUUAAACAUAGAGAUGAUGUCAUAUUCAGAGUUCAGGCUUGAGGGGAGAGUGCAGCUUUGAAGGGAGUGCAUGAAUUUUCCUUCAUUUGUAUGUUUUGUUUUCUGAAUGUUUCCCCUAUUAAAGCAAGGUAUAUUUUCUGUUGCUUGUGUGGUUUGGUGUGUGUCGUAAUUGAAUAGACUUUACAUGCUUCUUGGGAUCCACAUGUAUAUUCCUUGCUUCCCAUUUUUACUAGUGACAGGAAUUUGUAAAGGAACCAUUGUAGAACCAGGGCAUAGUGUAUCCAAGUAAUUGCUGCAUGUGUGGAGAUUUGUGGCAAUGCAUUUGCCCUCCCUCCUUGAAGAUUGCCCAUCUUGAGCUGGGCCUCUUGUGCAUUACUUACUAUUUUUACCCAUCAGCAAUUACUUUGUUUUAUUAUAUUCUUAAGUUAUGUUGAAUGAUCCCCUGAGAUAUAAUCAACCUUAUGUAACAGAAGCGCUGAAAUAAAAACUCUAAGUUACAGAGUAACUAUAAUAAUGGUAAGCACUUCCUAGGUCUGACUUAACCUGGUAUGUUCUUCCAAUGCGCCAGAGAACAGUUCCUUUUGUUAAAGUGAAUUGCAAGAGAACCAUUUUAUUUUAGCCUGGUUGGUGUCUUCAGCCCACUUCCUCUUAACUGAGUUUUUCUAUGCUACCAUAGCAGCUACUCAUACAGAAGGGAAGGUACAGUUAAUUGUUUUGUAUGUCAUGUUCAUAUUUGCUUCUUAUAAUAGCUGAGUGAUGAGUUGCCCCAAAUUACAGGUGAAACCAGUCACAUAAGUAGUAGGCGAGACAUAGACACUACAUUGUGUGCCUCAGGCUUACUUGUUCAUUCUGAGGAAUGUCUUGCAUCAGCUCACACCUCAGGUUACUUGGGUAUCCGAAUGUCCUCCUAAUCAGCUGCUUCCCUAUACACUUUGAGUUCUGCUAGAGACCCGCUACGGCUAAGUGUAGCUACUGACCUUAGUAGCAGUUGCUGUGGUGAGUAUACCUAGUUAAAUCUCUCCUUAUCUCUUUCAUUUGUUUGCUUUUUUUUUGAGUUGGAGCUUCACUAUGUAUCCCAGUUUGGCCUCAAACUCAUCAUCCUCCUUUAGCCUCCAAGUGCUUGGUUUGUACCCCUUACUCCUUCCUACCUGUUUCCUUAGUCUUUUAUGAUACAGAGAAUUUAAUGGUUAACAAAAUUAUCUUGCUCCAAUAGAUCUUUUAAAUAUUUUUAAACUAUCAAACCUAAGAAUACAAACUGAAAUUCAUCCCCCCAAAUGGUAUUAAAUCCAAAGUACCAAUAAUGCCAAGUAAAAAUUCUGUUCUUUCGUAAGACAAGCUAAAGGGAAGGGAAAUUAUGUGUGAGUGUUGUUGUGUGCAGGUCACAGUACCAUGUUUUUUUCAACUCCCAGAGUCUCUUGUUAGGGAUAUGACUUAUCUUCCAGUUAAGUCAUAGGUAAGUAGAGCCUGGAGAUGAUAGGCAGGGUCUGUGUAGUUCCUUCCUUUAUUUAGGCUGACAUUUUUAAAUGUUUCUAACUUAAGUAUUGCAAUAAUUGCAUUGACUUUUGUAGGGUGCAAAAUAAGUAUUAGAAUAAAAUUUCAAUGUAUACACUUAAUCUCUGCAAUAUACAGCUUAUCUGCAAUGUAAAGCUUAUAUUGCAAGGACUCAAUAACAACCAAUGCACUAUUCUUCUUAAAGCCUUUGUCGUAUAUAAUUUAUCAACAAAAUACUGCUGUCACUGGGAGACUAGCUACAUAUCUAUUCUUCUAGUUCUUGCAUUUUAUUCUAGGAAAGAAACAUAUAAGUUCAUUUUUUUUUUCCUUGAUUGAAAGCAGAGUUUUAAUUAUUUGGUAAGCCAGGGUAAAUGGUUGCUCCUAACUGCCUGCCUCUGCAGCCCUGGCUAGGGCCUUUCUGUGUCCUUCCCUGCUCUGCACUCCACAAUUUAUUUCUUGCAAGUGAGUCUAUUGUAAUUAAUGUUAAAUAAUAUAGUUACACUGUUACUAGGAUUUGUCAGAGUAAUAGUUCAUGCUUAUGAGUAGUGGAGGCUUCCCCUGAGGAUUUUAAAAUUGUGUUAUAGUUUAGUAGUGCUCAAACGUCAUACUGUUUCUGUUGGCUCAGAAACUCAGAGCAGCUUUGAUGAUUUGUAGUUUUCAUGAGGAACUUUCAUUACCUAACUUCCCAGAAGCUGCAUAGAGUAGCAGAGACAGAAGAAUGAGAAAAGACUCGAUGAAGUUCCCACUUGUAGAUCCCCCAGGAACAACAGCUCUACCAGACGACACCCUGCAGGCAAUGUUCUUUCUGAUGAGCAGGCAUUGUAGAACUAGCUGAAAUGUCAGAGCAUUGCUACAGUGACAUUCUGAAUCUUUGGCAGGAGGUGGGGUGGGGUGGGGUGGGUGGGCUAUGAAAUUAGACCAAUAGCAAUGGAGGAAAAUGGCUUAGGUGACACUAAAGUCAGUAUCACGUGGAAGGACCACCUGGGCUUGUGAAAAUGUGAAGAGUUGCAUCUGACCUCCAGGUCUUAGAACCAGAGUUUGAUUUCCCAGACCCAUGUCCAGAAGAGGUAAUGAACUCCCUCAAGUUGUCCUUUGACCUUCACAUGCAUGUGGUGGCCCACACGUGUGCACACAAGUAGAUAAGAAAAUGUUUAAGGCCGGGCAUUGGUGGCACACGCCUUUAAUCCCAGCACUUGGGAGGCAGAGGCAGGAGGGUUUCUGAGUUCGAGGCCAGCCUGGUCUACAGAGUGAGUUCCAGGACAGCCAGGGCUACACAGAGAAACCCUGUCUCGAAAAAAAAAGAAAAAAAGAAAAGAAAGAAAAACAAAAAACACAAAAAAAGAAAGAAAAUGUUUAAUAAGGGCCUUUGGCAAAGUGACACAAUGAUUUUUACAAACACAAUCUCAUACUUUUUCUGUAUAACAGUAAGCAGCAAAUGGAAGACCUCAUUUAGCUUGCUAGAAAAUUCUCCAAAAUAAAUAUUUGAUUCUUCCUUUGUUUUGUUGAAAAACGUGCAUUUAGAUAGUUUUCAUGUUUUAAAGAACCAAAAGUUUUUUCUUGUUUUAGAUUUGAAACUUCUAGGGAGCUGGCCACUUGCCAUUUGUCUAAGACUGUAGGAGUGGACAAACACUGACGUUUAUCAAGAGCUGAUACACCAAUCAAAGUUCUGCCUAUCUAACCUGAAAGAGAUUAAAUAGACCAACUCAUGUAUAUCAUUUUUAUAUAAAUGAAAUUAUUAAGUAGUAGUUUUCAGCAUGACUUACUAGUUCAAAUUUUUUAAAUCUUGAAUUUUUGUCUCUCACAGGCCAAAAACAGAGAACUACUCAAACAGGUUGCAGCCUUGUCUAAGGGUAAAAAGUUUGACAAGAGUGGAAGCGUGCUAACAUCUCCCUGAAAAAGUCACUUGUUUAGCAUUUCUGCCCAACAGUGUGUACUUGAGGUGUCCUGUGACACCCUUAGAUUCUGUGCAGUGGAAAGAUAUUUUUACAUGCCAAAUUAAUUGGUAUGUCUCCUAUUCACUUUUGUAACUUACACACAGCAUUUUUUAAGUUGUAAACAUGCAGAUAAAACUUCAGCUGGCUUGGAGUGACUUCUUAAUUCUUUGAUACCGGAACUUUUUUCUAGCAAUAGUAUUGAUGGUGUGGAGUGCACAGGUGCACUGUGUAAAAUGCAACAUGCAAUAAUGGAGUGGCUGGCAGAGCAGCAGCAGGGGUGGGGCUUUGCGUUUGUUUAACACUAUGCUGUUUUCAAAUAAAUAGUUUUCCAUUUAGAAAUGCAAAACUUUUAAACAAGGAAAAUGAUGGUGAACACUGUUUUUUUGGGAAUUGUAUUUUUACUUCACAUCAACAUGAAUUUAGAGAAUCAUGGUGCUUUUAUUAAAAGAGCUUCAGAGUAUAUGUAAAUACGUUUUUAAAAGUCACGUCGCUGAUAUCAGUUAGGUAACCUAACAUUUCACUACUGCUCUAGGAUUGAUGUGCACUGUACAGCAUCCGAGGUAAAACGUGGUUUUGUUUUGUAAAAACUGUAGAUUUUUACUUACAAGUGCCUUUUUGCCACCUAAUGUUUUUAUUUAUAGGAAUGCUGAUCUUUUGUACAUAUGGUUUGUUUUAAAAUCAUGUUAAUAAGUUUGUAUAUAAGUGCAUAUGUAUAUAACCGGAUUUCAAAAAGAAAUCAAAGUUAUUAGUAACAUGCAAGAUUGCAUAUUAAGAAUUAACUGAUAAAUGCAUAUAGACUUUAGGUGAUUUUGUGGUUUGCUGCUGUAUCAUAAGGGAAGCUGUUGGUCAUUGAGUUCAUUUAAUUAUGUUGGAAUACUUUCCUAAAGAUUUAAUUUUAACUCCAUUUUGAUAGAGUGAUUUUAUUUUUAUGUUGUGUGGCUUCGUGUUUAUAUUUUGUGAGUUACAUGUUUUGCUUUAUUUUUAUAUAAAAUUUCUUUAAAAUUUAUAACGUUUCUAUAACAGCCCAUAUAUCUGCUUUUUUAUAAUGUGUUCUAAGUUAAUAUUUAUGUACACCAUACUUACUUUGUAAAUUUAAUACAAAUCUGGAAAAUUAAAUAACUUUUAUAAUCAAAUCCGUGCUUAUGUCUGAAUAAUUGAAAUCUGUAAGAUUCAGACACUAUUUAUAAGUAAUUUGCCUCAAAAGAAUAAAAUUGUCUAUAAAAGGUUAACAUAGUGUGGGAUAGAUUCUGAGAAAUUACAGAUCAGCUUCUGAUGUUAGUUCUGGCUUCAAGGUGAAUUCUAAACCUUCAGGCACUGCUGGCCACACCAUAUGACUUCUUUCUCUUAGGAAUGUGCAGUUACACUUGUUUUCAUCAGUCCUGAAAGGUUUAUUUUUAGAGAAUUGUUUAUAUGGUCUUCAUAUCAAAGAUUAGUGUUAAGAAUACAUAUAACAAUUCAUUUUAAAUUACUCAGGUUUUAGUAAACUUCCCACAGUAGUUUGCUACAAGUGAAAGGAAAUCUACAAGUUCAGAAAGACCUCAUUUUCAAGUGACAGUAAGAUUGAAUUAGUCAGCUUUGGUAAGAGUCAGCUGUGUGCUGUCCUGGGGCCUCAGAAGCACACUCGCUCGCUCACUGUUUUCCACUUUGGUAGACAAUGCCUUACUGUGGGGAUUCCUGUCUGCAGGAUCUGCUGCAUUCAUAAAGUCCUUAUUACAUUGCUUUACGUUUUGUUUGAUUACAGUUUCUUGGCCAGUUUUCAAUCCACAGUAGUCAUAAUUCUAAAUGAACUACAGUAGUUCUGAUACCUUGCUGGAGAAGAUAGAAACAGAAUCCCUCCUCCCCUUUUUAGCUAACAUGGAAAUUGGAAAUCAGUUUAAAAUAGUGAAGCUUUGUAAAGUGCAAGGCUAAAACUAAAAUUUAGGACUUUACAGUAUUCAGCCCUAAUCAGACAUACUCUUUAUUCCAUAACUUUAUUUUAUAACUUAAAUUUUUUUUGCAAUUGUAUAAAUUAGUGAUUGAGUCUCAGUCCCAGAUCUGUAGUGUAUUGAUCUAAUGAAUUGAUACUCUUUAAACGUGGACCUGUCCAGAGGUACUAUGGUGUGCUGUAUUGUGCUUUUAGCCUGUUUGCUGCAGUUAGCAUAUCCCAGUGAGGGUCAUAUAGACUCCAGUUUAUCAUGUAUUAAUAGCCUGUGAAUAUUACAGUCAUUUUUAGAGUAUAUUGGUCUAAAUAUGCAUUUUCCGAUGAGCCUGUUAAGCUGGUCACAUGUAUAGAUUAACAAAAUACUGUACCUGUAUACAUCUGACUGUUGGCAUUUUGUACUUUUUUCUAAGCCAAUAUUUCACAAUAAAAUAUGCCGAAAGCUUUGUGUUGA